AUGGCUGAGAGUUUGAGAAAGGAGAAUGGUGAGAUAGUUGAAGUUUCAGACGCUGAUAGAUAUUUUUUGGAGCAACGAGACUUUAUUUUACAAGAUAUCAAUCAAACUCUAGACUCCAUUUUGAAUGGGCUUAAUGGGCUCAAUAUCUCUCUGGAAAAUUUCAUUGCCGUGGGUAAAGAGUUUGAAAACGUUUCUGAGCUCUGGAAAAGAUUUUACUCCGGAACUACUGGUGUUAAUGAUGGUACAGAAAUUGGCACCAAUCCCGAUGACAUCGAUCCAAGCUCUAGUGGUGAAUGA